AACACGCCGUUGCCAUAGCAGCAGGGGGGGCGCGGCUGACGUGCUGCCGGGUUUCCGGGAAGAUGGCGGCUGUCGAAGCGGCUGCAGAGCCGGUAACAGUGGUGGCGGCUGUUGGGCCAAAAGCGAAAAACGAAGAGGAGGAGGAAGAGGAGCCGCUGCCACCGUGCGAGGCGGUGCGCUGGGCCCCGGUGGGGGCGGUGGCGGAGGCCGGGCCUGGAGCAACUGCGUUUUUCGAAGAGACGGCGGCCGAGGAGCCUGGCGCGGUCCCGGGCUCCCCGCCGGAUUCGCCGGGCCGGACGCUGCGGCGGCUGCGGGCAGAGCGGCGGCGGCUGGACUCGGCGCUGCUGGCGCUGUCCUCGCACUUCGCGCAGGUGCAGUUCCGCCUGCGACAGGUGGUGCGCGGGGCGCCGGCGGAGCAGCAGCGCCUUCUGCGUGAGCUCGAAGACUUCGCCUUCCGCGGCUGCCCUCACGUCCUAGGUUACGAAGGGCCUGGCGACCCCGCCAGCGAUGAGGGCGAUGGGCUGCCAGGAGACCGGCCACGGUUGCGGAGCGAGGACCAGGGCUUGAGUGAGCAGGAAAAACAAGAGCGUCUGGAAACCCAAAGGGAGAAGCAGAAAGAACUGAUACUGCAGCUCAAGACCCAGCUAGAUGACCUGGAAACAUUUGCCUAUCAAGAGGGCAGUUACGACUCGCUGCCACAGUCUGUGGUGUUGGAAAGACAGCGGGUGAUCAUAGAUGAGUUAAUAAAGAAACUGGACAUGAAUCUGAAUGAGGACAUCAGUUCCCUGUCCACUGAAGAGCUUCGUCAGCGCGUAGAUGCAGCAGUGGCUCAGAUCGUCAACCCAGCCCGAGUCAAAGAACAGUUGGUUGAGCAACUAAAAACUCAGAUCCGAGACCUCGAGAUGUUCAUCAACUUCAUCCAAGAUGAAGUGGGAAGCCCCUUGCAGACAGGUGGUGGACACUGUGAGUGCAAGGCCGGUGGGAAGACAGGAAAUGGCUGCAGCAGAACAGGCAGCAGCAGACCGCCUCCAGGAGACAGCAGAACAGCAAAGGCGGAGGAUGUGAAGAAAGUCCGGGAGACAGGGCUGCACCUGAUGAGGCGAGCGCUGGCAGUGCUCCAGAUCUUUGCUGUUAGCCAAUUUGGUUGUGCCACAGGCCAGAUCCCUCCAACCCUGUGGCAGAGGGGCCAGGCUGACCGAGACUACUCUCCCUUGCUAAAGAGGCUGGAGGUGUCAGUGGACAGAGUGAAGCAGCUAGCCUUGAGGCAGCAGCCACACGACCAUGUCAUCACCUCUGCCAACCUCCAGGACCUCUCUCUGGGAGGCAAGGAUGAGCUGACUAUGGCUGUGCGGAAGGAGCUGACGGUGGCUGUAAGGGACCUGCUGGCCCAUGGACUGUAUGCCUCCUCCCCAGGGAUGAGUCUUGUUAUGGCUCCUAUUGCUUGUUUGCUGCCAGCCUUCUCCUCGGCCCCUGAGGCCAUGCACCCCUGGGAGCUCUUUGUAAAGUACUACCAUGCUAAGAACGGCCGUGCUUAUGUGGAAUCCCCAGCCCGGAAGCUCUCCCAGUCCUUUGCCCUUCCUGUUACGGGAGGCACUGUUGUGACCCCCAAACAGAGCCUGCUGACAGCCAUCCACAUGGUGCUGACAGAGCACGACCCUUUUAAGCGCAGUGCAGACUCAGAAUUGAAGGCCUUGGUGUGCAUGGCACUGAAUGAGCAGCGUCUGGUGUCCUGGGUGAACCUCAUCUGCAAGUCUGGGUCACUCAUCGAGCCUCACUACCAGCCCUGGAGCUACAUGGCACACACAGGCUUUGAGAGCGCCCUCAACCUGCUCAGUCGCCUCAGCAGCCUCAAGUUUAGCCUCCCUGUAGAUCUGGCUGUGCGCCAGCUCAAAAACAUCAAAGAUGCCUUUUGAUAAGAGUGCCCUAACCCCAGACAAGCUCCUUGCUCAGUAGAGAUAGAUGUGUUAGUCUUCCAGCAUAGGAGCAAGGAAUCAAAGGUGGGGUUAAAGGCUUUUUUGCCAGACCCUGCUCAGGCAGUUGGCCAAAUGAGUGCAAAGUCUGUUUUACCCACCAACUUAGCAUCUCGGAAAGAUGUGCUGGAGAGACCCUCUUGUUAAGAAGGUUCUACCAGACCGGGCACGGUGGCUCACACCUGUAAUCCCAGCUACUCAGGAGGCUAAGGCCGGAGAGUCGCUUGAGCCCAGGAG